GAUUGCACGUUAUUUUUAUAUAAUUAUUUUCCCAGACAGCAGCCCAUUAGUAAAUAGUGGGUUUGUGUAAUGGUGGUGACAACUGCGUACCUGUACCACUAUCCUUAAUCAUGGAAUCACAGACUGGUUUGUGUUGGAGGGCUCCUUAAAGAUCAUCUAGUACAGCUGGAGAUAAUUUUCCACUUUAUCAUGCAGGUCUGUGGUGUUUGUGUUUUUGUUUCCACAAACAUUCCAGGAGCUGUAGUGAUUGAAGAAGUUGCCCGCUUGGUGCAUUAUUUCUUUUUCUCAUUAACAAAAGUUCUGUAAAGAGGCCUAGAGGUCUGUGUGAGCCAAGUUUCUCUCUUACCACCUUGAAGAACACACCAAGAACCUGUGUAAUAAAUAAUGCUGUGGAAAUGUCAGUUAAAACGUUUGUGUUUGUUGCAGGUGUGUGCCCAGGAAGGAUGGCGACAGAGUCCCCGCGCCGCCCCAGUCGCUGCACUGGAGGAGUGGUGGUUCGCCCUCAAGCUGCCACGGAACAGUCGUACAUGGAAAGUGUUGUUACCUUCCUCCAAGAUGUUGUGCCACAGGCCUACAGUGGAACCCCACCAGAAGAAAAAGAGAAGAUUGUCUGGGUCAGAUUUGAAAAUGCAGAUUUAAAUGAUACAUCCAGGAAUAUGGAAUUCCAUGAAAUCCACAGCACUGGGAAUGAGCCCCCAUUGCUGCUGAUGAUUGGAUACAGUGAUGGGAUGCAGGUCUGGAGCAUUCCUAUCAGUGGGGAAGCUCAGGAGCUGUUCUCAGUGCGCCACGGGCCUGUUCGAGCCGCUCGGAUCCUCCCAGCUCCUCAGAUCAGUGCUCAGAAAUGUGAUAAUUUUGCUGAGAAGCGACCUCUGCUUGGUGUGUGCAAAAGCAUUGGAUCUUCUGGCACCAGCCCACCCUACUGCUGUGUGGAUCUGUAUUCCCUGAGAACAGGAGAGAUGGUCAAGUCCAUCCAGUUCAAAACUCCUAUUUAUGACCUGCACUGCAAUAAAAGGAUCCUCGUCGUGGUCCUGCAGGAGAAAAUCGCCGCCUUCGACAGCUGCACUUUCACCAAAAAAUUCUUUGUUACCAGCUGCUAUCCUUGUCCUGGGCCAAACAUGAAUCCUAUUGCUCUUGGGAGCCGUUGGCUUGCUUAUGCAGAAAAUAAGCUGAUCCGGUGCCAUCAGUCCCGUGGUGGAGCCUGUGGAGACAACAUUCAGUCUUACACUGCCACAGUCAUUAGUGCUGCCAAAACAAUAAAGACUGGGCUGACCAUGGUGGGGAAGGUGGUGACUCAGCUGACGGGGACGCUGCCGUCGGGAGCCACCGAGGAGGAAAUCCUGGCUCACAGCAACCUGCGCCGGAGUCCCCUGGUGCCUGGCAUUGUCACCAUCAUCGACACCGAGACGGUGGCAGAGGGACAGGUCCUGGUGAGUGAGGACUCAGACAGUGAUGGCAUCGUGGCCCAUUUCCCUGCUCAUGAGAAGCCCAUUUGCUGCAUGGCCUUUAACCCCAGUGGGAUGUUGCUGGUCACCACUGACACAUUAGGCCAUGAUUUCCAUGUUUUUCAAAUCCUGACACAUCCUUGGUCAUCAUCACAAAGUGCCGUCCAUCAUUUGUACACACUUCACAGGGGAGAGACCGAAGCCAAAGUCCAGGACAUCUCCUUCAGCCACGACUGCCGCUGGGUGGUGGUCAGCACGCUGCGAGGCACUUCCCACGUGUUCCCCAUCAACCCCUACGGGGGCCAGCCCUGCGUCAGGACUCACAUGUCCCCGCGCGUGGUCAAUCGCAUGAGCCGCUUCCAGAAGAGCGCGGGGCUGGAGGAGAUCGAGCAGGAGCUGACCUCCAAGCAGGGGGGACGCUGCAGCCCCGUGCCCGGCCUGUCCAGCAGCCCCUCUGGCUCUCCUCUCCAUGGUAAAUUGAACAGCCAGGACACUUACAACAACUUCACAAACAACAAUCCCGGGAAUCCUCGGCUCCUUCCUCUCCCAAGUCUGACUGUGGUGUUGCCUCUUGCUCAAAUCAAGCAGCCAAUGACAUUAGGGACCAUCACCAAACGCACAGGCAAAUCCAAACCAGCUCCACAGAUUUCACCCAGUAAGUCUGUGGGAGGGGAGUUUUGUGUCGCUGCAGUCUUUGGAGCUUCAAGGUCAUGGUUUGCGAACAAUUCCGGUCUCAAACGAGAAAAAGAUCAGUCCAAGCAGUUUGUGGUGGAGUCCCUGUACAUCAUCAGCUGCUACGGGAGCCUGGUGGAGCACGUGCUGGAGCCGCGGCCGCUCAGCACCGCGCCCAAGAUCAGCGACGACACCCCCCUGGAGAUGGGCACCUGCCCCAGGGCCAGCUGGACUUUGGUUAGAACUCCUCAGUGGAAUGAACUCCAACCACCAUUUAAUGCAAACCAUCCACUGCUCCUGGCUGCAGAUGCUGUGCAGUACUACCAGUAUCUUCUGGCUGGCUUGGUGCCACCAGGGAGCCCUGGGCCCAUCACCCGGCACGAGUCCUACGACAGCUUGGCCUCCGACCACAGCGGGCAGGAGGACGAGGAGUGGCUGUCACAGGUGGAAAUUGUGACUCACACUGGGCCUCACCGCCGCCUGUGGAUGGGCCCCCAGUUCCAGUUCAAAACCAUCCAUCCCUCCGGCCAAACCACCGUCAUCUCCUCCAGCUCCUCCGUGCUGCAGUCCCACGGGCCCAGCGACACCCCCCAGCCUCUCCUGGACUUUGACACAGAUGAUCUCGAUCUCAACAGCCUCAGGAUCCAGCCCGUGCGCUCGGAGCCCGUCAGCAUGCCGGGGUCCCCGCGGCCCGCGGCCGACCGGCGCGGCGGCUCCACCGUCAUCGACGCCACCUCAGGUGCCUUCGACCGGAGCGUGACGCUGCUGGAGGUGUGUGGGAGCUGGCCCGAGAGCUUCGGUCUGCGCCACAUGUCCUCCGUGGAGCACGGCGAGGAGGGGCUGCGCGAGCGCCUGGCCGACGCCAUGUGCGAAUCCCCCAGCAGGGACAUGGUGGGAUCAGGAACAGACACAGCCGGUGAAGUAGCAGUAAAAAACAUCACCACAAAGAGGCACAUGGCUUUGAAAUGUUUUGAACUUCAGCGAGAGGGAAGCAUAGAGACGCUCAGUAACAGCUCGGGCUCCACCAGCGGCAGCAUCCCCCGCAACUUCGACGGCUACAGAUCCCCCCUCCCCACCAACGAGAACCAGCCCCUGAGCCUGUUCCCCACGGGAUUCCCCUGAACCAGCCACCCUCAGGGACACCUCCACACAGGGGAACGAGCCUGUCCCCAGCAAUCCCGCUGUGUGUCACCUGCCAGCUCCCGGGAUGGUUCUCGUUACCCUGAUGAAUAUUGACAGCUCUGAAACCUUCCUCGUGAAAUCUUGACUCUGUGUUCCUGUGCAGUACGAAGAGGCUCCAUCUUCAGUCCUGAGAGCUCUGCAGCUUCUUUUCUCGCUGUCUUCAGGAAGAGGUUGGGUGAGGAGAAAUAUUCCUAAGCCAUCUUGGGUCAAGCACAUGGUUUCACAACUGUUCUCUGCUUUUUUUCGUGCUGAGAGAUGAAUCUCCUUAACUCAGAGGAGCUCUCGCCGUGAAAGUGCCGAGCAUCAAUGGAUGAACUGGAGAGACUGGAAACUGGAGGACUGGCUGUGGACAGGGUUGAUGAUGUUUUUCCUUCCUCGUUGCGUCUCCUUGCUGCCCCUCUUCCCCUCUGAUACUCAUCGAUGCCACGAGUAUUACAAAUGGAAAUGUUUCUUUUUGUUCUUUGGAAGAAUUCUCUCUCUUGCUCCGGUUUUCUUCUAGUCAUGUAUUUUAGAAAUGUACUUAAUUGACUAAUUGCAGUCACGGAUUUCUCAUAUUUCGUUAUAAAAGUUGUUCAUUGGAACUCAGAUAUCUGUCCAGAAAUGCAUGUGUCAUUGAAUAAAUCUAAGUUAAACGAGAAACUGCUUAAAUGGCAAUGUUCACAGAGUGUUACUGGGCUGACUGUGGGCUUUGUGUAUCUGCCUGGACCAGACUCUGUGUAUAUUUACUGACUUGAGGGCUUUAAUUAAAGCCAUCAGUGGCUGUUAUGUCUAGCAUGGCUUUGCCUCCCUAUUUCCUUGCCCUCGUGUGCACAGACAGGAUUUUUAAAAGCA